GUAAUUCUACAUUUGAAGAUCGUGAAAUGUUUUGUGAAAUUCAUUAUAUGGAAACUUCUAUAGUAUCUGAUGGUAUUCAAAAAGGCUACCCAAUGGAAAUUAACUUUGCAUUAUUAAACUCCUGUAUUGUUCAAAUGAAAGAUGAACUUUUAAAUAUUAUUAAUAGAAAAACAAAAAGUUAUUAUCAUGACUUCACUUUUAGAGUUUGUAAUGAAAUUGGACAAAGAAAAGCAAAUAAUUCUAUAACAAUAAUAGCUUAUCCCAAAAGUCAAGUAGACUAUUUACUAGAAGUUUUAGUUCCAGAAACUGCAUUGCAUUUAAUUUCUCAAGACAGAGUUAAUAUUGAACUUAAAAAUGCAAAAAAAAUUAUGAAAGAUAGUAGUGCUUUUG